AUGGGGUUUUUUUAUCACCAGGAGAGCUAUCCCCCGGUGAUAAAGCGUGUCUACACUGUCCACGUCAUAGCGCUGCCUUGCUGGAGCAGCCGCUCUGCUGGGGGGCUGGCCCCUCCGCGGGGCGGGGAGGCUGCGUUCAAGGGCUGCAGGGCCCCGGCAGCGGGGGGGGGGGGAUUAGCGGGGGGCCUAGCGCUGGCAGCAAGAGUUGGGCCCGCCCCCCACUCACCGGUGGCAGCAGGAAGCAGAGUGACCCAGACCCAGCCUACUCCGCUCCCGCAGCUCCGAGCCCUGUCGCUUGAGGGAGGGAGCUUGGAGGAAGGGGUCAGGCCCGCCCCCACACUCACCAGUGGCGGCGGCGGGAAGCGGAGCAACGCGACUGGGAGCUGGCAGAGCGGAGCGGGCUGGGGCCGGGUCGCUCUGCUUCCUGCCGCCGCCGCCUUCUACACCGGCGCUUUGGUGACUGUCAGAGCCAAAGCUCUGCCUGCACGUCAGUCUUUUGGGUGGCGGAACGCGUCCCUGCAGCAGGCGUCUGAGCUCACGCUGCGCUUCCCGUCUCUCCGCGCGCUGCUUUUCCGCGGGCUGGAGCACCCCCCGCAGCGGCCGUACAGCGCCAGUGCCACUCAACCAGCCACAGACACUCGGCCAAUGGCAGAGCGGCGGAGGCGGGACCAGCGAGGGAACCCGAUUCCUCCUCUCCCCCAGCGGACAGAACCAAUGAAGAGAGGAGAAGAGAAAGGUGGUGUGGGCGUGGCUUGCGGCUCUGUGACGUCGGAAACCCGGACGUGGCCUCUCCCGGGAGGGGGUGUACCCUAG